GCAGUGCCACCCUUCCUUUAUAAAUCUCUCCAUCUGGACCUCCCCUGUUUGCUUUUCACCACUUCUUUAUGCGCAGGAGGACAAACAUGAGGACCGCCGCUGGGACCAUUGUUCUUUUAUCCUUCGCUUUUUUAGCUACAGCUCAAGAGGCACAGGAAUGCUCCGCUCCGCCGGAGUACCCGCACACCCGACUGGAUAAGAAAUUCACCUCCAGGCAGAAGUUCAGCAGCGGGCAGAAGGUGUAUUACAGCUGCGCCGAGGACUUCACUCCAUUCCGGGGGAGCAGAUCUGUGGAGUGUCGGGAUGGGAAGUGGAGCAAAUUGACGCUAAAAUGCGAAAAGAUAUCAUGUGGGAAUGCCGGAGAUCUCCCCAAUGGGAACUUUCGUUAUGAAGGGCAAACAUUUGUUGGGGAGAAAGUUUAUGCCGAAUGCAACGAGGGCUAUGUUGUGAAGGGAAUGAACUACAUGAUAUGCAAGAAGUCUGGAUGGACCGGAGAAUUCCCAUCAUGUGAAGCAGAGAAAGAAAUCACCUGCUCCAGUCCAGCCGUGAACGGCUCUGUGACAAGAAGCGGAGACGUUUCUGUUCACCGUCUCGGAGAAACGAUAACCUUCACCUGUAAGCCCGGUUUCCAGCUGGAUGGAGCGCAGCAGAUCACCUGUGGGGCCAAUGGCCAGUGGCAGCCGGAACCCCCCCGGUGUAUACCGUCCCCUGAUGAAGCUAAAGAGUCAUCGAACAAACCAAGUGGAUGUGAUGCACCGCUCGCUGCCAGCAGCUCCAACGCCAACCUUGCAGACAAGUACAUCACUAUGACGACAUUUUCCUCUGGCGACAAAGUCCACUACAGCUGUAAUGUGGGAUAUACUGCAGCGGGUGGCAGCAGGACUCGCAUGUGUGACAAUGGAAGAUGGACGCCCCUCAGGCUAAGAUGUGAACGAAAGCUGUGUGGCCACGCAGGAGAGAUUUCAAACGGACAGUUUGUUUACACUGGCGUAGAGUUUGGAGACACAGCCACAGCCGUGUGUGACGAGGGGUACAUACUCGUAGGACGGGCCACGAGGCGCUGCUUGAGCAACGGCUGGGACGGUCGUCUUCCCGUCUGCGAAGCCGUCGAAUGUCCGGAGCCGACUGAGACGAACGCCGUCAGGAGAAAUUACGAGCAGGGGCCGUACACAUACAGGAAUGUGAUACUCUAUCAGUGCCAAGUGGGAAGCCUCGUGGGGCCGAGAGAGAUAGUUUGCACCAAGAACGGCACGUGGAGCUCAUCUCCUCCACAGUGCAGAGUUAUAACGUGUCCGCCGCCAAAUGUUCCCAACGCCUACUGGAUUAACUCCCACAAGCGGACCUAUCAGCCUAUGGAGACGAUCGAUUCGUUCAGAUGCAGACGCGGCUAUGCUCUUGCUGGAUCGAGACGCAUCACCUGUAGCAUGGAGGGCCGGUGGUGGCCGAGCCUCCCCCAGUGUCAUCCUAGAACCUGGAGGGGCUAAUUUGCUGCCAAAAGCUGGAUAUUGCAAUAUUUAAUGCAAUUUGUCUCAUUCAUUACUAACAAUAAGAACAUUUUCUCUUACAAUAAUUAUUUUGAAAGCAAUGCUUUCGUAAGUAAGAGCAACCUUUAAUAAUGCACUGUUUAAUUAUUUUGCUCCCGUGUACAAUCAUAACGACAUUAAAUACGUUGAAACAGAA